AUGUCUUUCCUUUUUCUUUACUUCCUUUCCCUUUUCUUUCCCUUUCAUUGCUCCUUUCUUUCCUCUCAAUUUUCCUUUCACCUUUUUUUUUACUUCCUCUUUUCCAUUGACCUUUAUUUCCCUUCCUUUUUCCUUCCCUCUUUCUUUCACCCUCUUUUUUUACUUCCUUUUUAUUCUUCCUUUCUUUCCUUCCUCUUUUUCUUUCUAUUUAAUACCCUACAUCUUUUUCUUUCUCUUUUUCCCUUAUUUCCUCUUCAUUUCUUUCCUUCUUUUUCCUUUCAUUUUUUUCUUUCCUACUCUCUUUCCUUCUUCUUUUCUUCCAUCUUAUCUUACCUUCAUCUUUCUCUUCCAACUUUCUUUCCCCCUUUACCUUUUUCCUUCGUUUCCUUCCUCUUUCCUAUUCUAUUGAAGGAGAAAAUGAAAUAUUGCUAUGUUGGAAAAAAGAGGAAGAAGACAAAAAUACUUAUAUUUCUCAUUCUUAUCUAUCUCAUUCUGUUUAUAUCUAUCUAUCUAUCUAUCUAUCUAUCUAUCUAUCUAUCUAUCUAUCUAUCUAUCUAUCUCAUUCUGUUCAUAUCUAUGUACCUCUCUCUCUCUCUCUAUCUAUAA